AUGUCCGAUUCGCGUUCCCCCCACAGAUUCCAUGCCGCCCACGCCCUGCUGGCCGGGGGCUGGGCCCGCGAUGUCCAGCUGCAGGUGCAGGACGGCCGCAUCACGGACAUCCGCGCGGGCCAGGGUACGCAGCCGGGCGAUACCCGGGUCGGCAUCCUGGUGCCGGGCCUGCCCAACCUGCACAGCCACGCGUUCCAGCGCGGCAUGGCCGGCCUGACCGAGAUCGGCGGCGGUGACGGCGACAGUUUCUGGAGCUGGCGCGAGCUGAUGUACCGCUUCCUGGCCCACCUGCGCCCGGACGCGGUGCAGGCCAUCGCCGCCCAGGCCUAUAUGGAAAUGCUGGAAAGUGGUUUCACCCGCGUUGGCGAAUUCCACUAUCUGCACCACGACGCCGACGGCCGCCCGUAUGCCAACCGUGCCGAGAUGAGCGCGCGGAUUGCGGCGGCGGCCGAGCAGACCGGCAUCGGCCUGACCCUGUUGCCGGUGUUCUAUGCCCAUGCCGAUUUUGGCGGUGCGGCGCCGAAUCCCGCGCAGCGUCGCUUGAUCCACGAUGUGGACGGCUUCGCGCAGCUGUUGGAGGCCGCCAAGCCGGCAUUGGACGCGCUGCCCGAUGCGGUGCUCGGCAUCGCGCCGCACAGUCUGCGUGCAGUCACGGGCGAGGAACUGGGUGCAUUGUUGCCGCUCACCGAAGGCCCGGUGCACAUUCACAUCGCCGAACAGGUGCGCGAAGUCGAGGCCUGCCUGGCCUGGAGCGGCCAGCGCCCGGUGCAGUGGCUGUAUAACCAUGUGCCGGUGGACGCGCGCUGGUGCCUGGUGCAUGCCACCCACAUCACCGACGACGAGCGCGCAGCCAUUGUGGCCAGCCAGGCCGUGGCCGGCCUGUGCCCGAUCACCGAGGCCAACCUGGGCGAUGGCCUGUUCCCGAUGCAGGCGUUCGCACGCGAAGGCGGUCGCUUCGGCGUCGGUUCCGAUUCCAAUGUGCUGAUCGACGUGGCUGAAGAACUGCGCCUGCUCGACACCGGUCGCUUCCUGUUCGAGGGCGCACUGCACGGCGGUGCGCAGGCGCUGGGCGUGGCCGCCGGACUGCAGGUCGGUGCCAGUGCCGACCUGGUUGAACUGGACGCUGCGCAUCCCGCGCUGCAGGCGCGACAGGACGACGCAUGGCUUGACAGCUGGGUGUUCGCCGCACGUAAUGGCGCGCUGCGAUCGGUCUGGCGCCAUGGCCGCCAGUACGUGGCCGACGGCCGCCACCUGCAGCGCGAGGCGAUCACCACCGCCUUCGCCGCCGCACUGAAGGGCGUGCUGGGCUGA